CCCAUCCUCUGCUACUAAUGAAUCACAAGAGGCCACAAUUUUUGAGAUCCGCUAGCUACUAAAGAUACUCACUCUCUCUCUCUCUCUCUCUCAUCUCUAAAUUUUCCGAUGGCGGAGGUGGCGCCUCGCGAGAGCGAUGGAAGCCCAGGCGAGCCCUCGGACGCCGUGGUGUUUGUCGGGAUCUCGCUCGUUCUCGGAAUCGCUUCAAGGCACGUGCUUCGGGGGACUAGAGUUCCGUACACCGUCGCUCUUCUCAUCAUCGGCAUUGUCAUGGGAUCUCUAGAAUAUGGAACAAGCCAUGGAUUGGGCAAAAUUGGGGCUGGUAUUCGCCUUUGGGCAAACAUUAACCCUGACCUUCUGUUGGCUGUUUUUCUUCCUGCUCUUCUUUUCGAGAGCUCCUUUUCUAUGGAGGUGCACCAAAUAAAGAGGUGCAUUGGUCAAAUGCUGCUACUUGCUGGGCCGGGCGUUCUUAUAUCAACCUUUUGUCUAGGAACACUUCUGAAGGUCGCUUUUCCCUAUGGCUGGACUUGGAAGACAUCAUUGUUGCUGGGGGGGCUUCUUAGCGCUACAGAUCCUGUUGCUGUUGUGGCUUUACUGAAAGAACUUGGAGCUAGUAAAAAGCUGAAUACAAUUAUUGAGGGAGAAUCGUUGAUGAAUGACGGUACUGCCAUUGUUGUCUAUACUUUGUUCUACAAAAUGGCUCUUGGACGGAGCUUCAGCCCAGGAGAGAUCAUAAAAUUUCUGUCUCAAGUUUCACUGGGAGCUGUGGCUGUGGGUGUAGCGUUCGGAAUAGCAUCUGUAUUGUGGCUGGGCUUUAUCUUUAACGACACAGUCAUAGAGAUUACAUUAACUCUUGCUGUUAGCUAUAUUGCUUACUUCACUGCUCAGGAUGCAGCAGAAGUUUCAGGUGUCUUGACAGUGAUGACUUUAGGAAUGUUCUAUGCUGCAGUAGCUAGAACAGCUUUUAAGGGUGAUGGGCAAGAGAGUCUGCAUCACUUUUGGGAAAUGGUCGCCUAUAUUGCUAACACUCUUAUUUUCAUCUUAAGUGGCGUGGUUAUUGCAGAAGAUAUUCUUAACAACUAUGAUCACUUUCAAGGACACGGAAGUUCAUGGGGCUAUCUUAUUCUUCUCUAUGUUUUUGUUCAGUGCUCUCGAGUGAUAGUUGUUAGCAUAUUAUAUCCAUUCUUGAGAUAUUUUGGCUAUGGUUUAGAAUGGAGAGAAGCAAUUAUUCUUAUGUGGUCAGGAUUGAGAGGAGCAGUUGCAUUGUCGUUGUCUCUAUCAGUUAAUCAAGCUAGUGGUAAGCAUACCAAAUCGGACCUCACACCAGAAGUAGGAACACUGUUUGUUUUCUUUACUGGUGGCAUAGUGUUCCUGACUCUUAUUGUAAACGGGUCAACAACUCAGUUCGUCUUACGUCUGUUGGGUAUGGACAAGCUGUCAGAAACUAAGAAACGCAUAUUAAACUAUACAAGAUACGAAAUGUUAAACAAAGCACUAGAAGCUUUUGGCGAUCUUGGGGAUGAUGAAGAAUUAGGACCUGCCGACUGGCCUACAGUACAGAGAUAUAUCACAUGCUUGAAUAACUUGGAUGAAGAACAGGUACAUCCUCACAUUGUGACUGAAAGUGAGCAUCAUCUGGAGGCUACACAUUUGAAAGACAUCCGUAUACGUCUUCUAAAUGGGGUGCAGGCUGCCUAUUGGGGGAUGCUUGAAGAAGGAAGGAUAACCCAGAGUACCGCAAGUCUUCUAAUGCGUUCUGUUGAUGAAGCUAUGGAUGUGGUAUCUAGUGAACCUUUAUGUGAUUGGAAGGGUCUAAAGUCCAAUGUUCAUUUCCCAAGUUAUUAUAAGUUUCUUCAAAUGAGUAGACUGCCUCGGAGAUUAGUCACAUAUUUUACAGUGGAGAGGUUGGAGUCAGCUUGUUAUAUAUGUGCUGCUUUUCUUCGUGCUCACAGAAUAGCAAGAAGGCAACUCCAUGAUUUCAUCGGUGAGAGUGACAUCGCUACUACUGUUAUCAAUGAAAGCAAGGAUGAAGGAGAGGAAGCUUCAAAGUUCUUGGAAGAUGUCCGUGUUGCUUUUCCUCAGGUUCUACGUGUUGUGAAGACAAAACAAGUGACAUACUCAAUUUUGAAUCAUCUUAGCAAUUAUGUGCAGAACCUUGAGAAGGUUGGACUGCUAGAAGAAAAGGAGAUGAUUCAUCUUGAUGAUGCUGUUCAGACUGACUUAAAACGGCUUCUGAGGAAUCCUCCACUGGUUAAAAUGCCAAAAGCAAGUCAUGUGUUAAGAACCCAUCCUUUACUGGGAGCUCUUCCAUCUGCAAUUUGUGAUCCUAUAGCAAGUUCUACGAAGGAAAUAAUCAAAAUACGUGGUGUAACCUUAUACAAAGAGGGUUCCAAGCCAAAUGGCAUCUGGAUUAUUGCCGUUGGAGUUGUAAAGUGGUCAAGUAAGACCUUUCCUAAGAAGCAUUCAUUGCAUCCAACAUUUUCUCAUGGAAGUACUUUAGGCCUAUAUGAAGUUCUCCUUGGCAAGCCUUAUAUGUGUGACAUCAUUACGGACUCUGUGGUACAUUGUUUUUUCUUGGAAACUGAGAAAGUACAGUCAUUACUUGCGUCAGAUCCUUCUGUUGAAGAUUUUCUGUGGCAGGAAAGUACUAUUAUCCUUGCCAAAAUAUUACUCCCUCGAAAAUUUGAAGAAAUGUCAAUGCAUGACCUUAGAGCACUUGUUUCUGAAAGAUCAACAAUGCAUGUUUACCUAAGGGGCGAAGUUGUGGAAAUAAAGCCGAAUUCUAUUGGUUUUUUAUUGGAGGGAUUUAUAAAAGCACAAGAUCCUCAUCCAGAAUUGAUCACCCCUCCUGCAGCAUUGUUGCCAUCACAUGUAGAUACAAGCGUUUCUUAUAUAGAAUCUUCAGGCUCUAAGACUGCGAGCUUCUGUCACUCUGGAUAUUCAUACCAGGUCGAAACAAGAGCCAGAGUCAUCAUUUUUGACAUUGGUCCAACUGGAAAUGAUGCACAACUCUCGAAGAGGUCUAUACCUCGGCUCUCAUCAGCCAUGGAGCCUGCAAGAAGCCACUUCAGGGAACAUGAAGGUCUAGUAAGCUGGCCAGAGAGUUUCUUUAAAUUAACUCAGCAUCAGAAUGACACUGGAGCUGAUAAACAACCAUUGUCGGCUAAAGCUGCGGAACUGAGCAUCUACGGAAGCAUGAUGAAUGGUGUAAGGAGACAAUACAAAAGCUUUCGAAGCUUCAGAAGUUUCAAAAUGCCUAAUGAAGGUGAAAAUUCUCAUAGUAUGUCAUUCCCUAGAGUCCAACCUCCAGACUCUCGACCUCUUCUCUCAGUUCAAUCAGAGGGUAGUGUUAACAGAAAGCUCGGUUCAAAGGAGUAUGCAAAACUCCCGUCAUUCCUUCCAUUGCCUUCUCGAAGAAAGAAAGUCAAGAUUGGUGAAGGCAACUCGAGUGAUGAAUCAGGCGGUGAAGAAGUUAUUGUUAGGAUUGAUUCCCCUAGCACUCUUUCUUUCAGUCAAGAUGGAUCACAAAACUUUUGAGAAAACGUUUUUCACAUUUAAUUUAAGGAGAAUGUAUGUGUUGUUUAUAUAAUAAUGAUGUUUAUGUUAUGUUUAGUACAAAAUAAAAGAGCCCAUAGUCGAAAUUAUGUAUUGUGAUUAGCAUAUGGUUGCCUAGUUAAAACGAGUGAACAUUGUAAAGACAUUUUCGUAGAGAGAUUCAAAUUCCAGGUGAUUCGUUAUAUUGUGAAGUUCCUGUCUCAUUCUUGUAAAUUUUGUUUGCAGUUAAGCGAUUUUGGACACAUCAGUUUCCAGGAGAUGUGCAUAGAUCUUAUCUCUGUAAUAAGUGUAGAAUUGAAACCACUAUUAUUUUGGCUGGAAAGAAAAUUUAUCCUUGUAUAUCGAAA